UGGUAGUUACGCGGUGGGUGUCCCAGUGACAGGCUCAUACACAGUCUGCAGAUCCGGGAGCGGAGCGCCCGACAGCAGCGCACACCCAUCGGCUUUCAGGUGGAGGUGGAGGUGGAGGACCGCGGGAAGGACGGAGGAGACAGACUCAUAAACAACAUCCAAGAUGGCACUAGCCAGAGAUCCAGGGGCGGGCCAGGAGCAGAGGGAUGCAGCCGACCAAAACUUUGACUACAUGUUUAAGCUGCUGAUCAUUGGCAACAGCAGCGUGGGAAAGACCUCCUUCCUGUUCCGCUACGCAGAUGACUCCUUCACUUCGGCCUUUGUCAGCACAGUGGGCAUCGAUUUCAAAGUCAAGACCAUCUACAGGAACGACAAGAGGGUCAAACUUCAGAUCUGGGACACAGCAGGGCAGGAGCGCUACCGGACCAUCACCACAGCUUACUACAGAGGAGCCAUGGGAUUCCUGCUAAUGUAUGAUAUCACGAGCCAGGAGUCGUUCUGUGCUGUACAGGACUGGGCAACGCAGAUCAAGACAUACUCGUGGGGCAAUGCUCAAGUAGCGCUGGUGGGCAAUAAGCUGGACUUGGAAGAAGACAGGCAGGUCCCCACUGAAGAUGCCGAAAGACUGGCUACAGAGCUUGGCUUCCAGUUCUUCGAGACCAGUGCCAAAGACAACAUCAACGUGAAGCAGGUUUUUGACAAGUUGGUGGACGUCAUCUGUGAGAAGAUGAACGAGAGCCCCAACGGCGACGUCAGUCCAUCAGCCAUUAACAAGGGGGCAGACCUGAAGGAGACGCCCCGCAGCAACCAGGGUGGUUGCGCAUGUUGAUAGCUGGCAAUGGAAAUUCAUAGAAAGCGGGUUUCAUAGUCACACACACACACACACACACACACACACACACACACAGAUUGUCAAAAAUCUAUCAUUGUGAAUGUACUUUACCAUAUGUUACUGCAAUACUAUUAUGGAUGCUUGCUUCUCCCCCUUUUUUCCUCAUUUUAUCUUCUCACAACUUUGUGGUGACUCUUCAUCGGAAUUUGAAUGUGACUGUUACACUGAGAUGCCAAAGAGCUGCACUCUACAGUUGUGCCUUUUGCCCGACACCUCUGCUUUAAUAUGUCUUGUCUAGUGGGUGAACAGCACCUGUUGCAGGUGAGGAUGUGAAUGAAAGGCAAUGAACCAAGUCAGCAUUGCAUGAGGAUCACUGUGACUUACUUGAGUCAUGCUACCCCCUUGUGGGUGCUGCAUGAAAAUGCAUCACUGUGACUCAUUACCGCACACUGUGUAUCCUGUGAACUUGCUCCAUGUAAUCCUGCUGAGGAAGAAGGCUCUCUAACUGUUCAGUACAAAGUCAGACAUACCUGAAAGGUGCUGUGUCAUGUCUGGACUGUGUGCAUAGUCCAGUUAUUUCUGUUUUGGAGGGAUAUUCUCAUUUGCUUUUAAUUUAUAUUUUUCUGUUCUGUCUUGUUUUUUUGUUGUUUUUUUGUACCUUUUAAUGGUUAAUGCUUGUUCAAUAUUUCCUUUGCCAGGUUUACUGUGUCCCUCUAAAAGUUGUGAUUAAAACAUGUGGAUCUAUACA